UGUGGAAUGCUCGGUAUGUGCGGACGGACGACAUGAAGCUCAGCCUCGUUUCAAACCUUUAAAUAAAGACAGAACAGAACCCGUCCUCAUCAUUAACAGACCCACGCGGCUAAAAUCACCUCUUUUUGCAAAGAUCCCGAACCGAGGCGGGUCCAGCUCGUGUUCUGACUCAGUUGUUUAGAUGURGAUCCACCCUGCAGAGGCGGACAUGGUUCGGUCUGUAGUAGGUGGGACUCCCGAACCGAGCGGUCUGCAGCAGGACGUCGUAGAUCAAUGAACCGGACCGGAGGCUCGGUCCAUCUCCCGCUGUGGUUCUGAUGUGUCAGAACACCUAGAACCGAGGAUCUGCUUUCCUGUGGUUAUUUGUUCUGGUACCCAGCCCGUCCAGGAUGCUAUAAACCCACUGGGUCUCAUCGAGUCCUUUAUUCUGAUUUUAUUUUUAAUUAAAAAAAAGCUCCAUGAUGAUUUUUGCAAACACAGGAAAUCCUCUGAAAACCACCAUCCGAAAGCAGUCGUACCCCAUGACUCCGUCCAGCCCCAGCAGCAGCAGCAACAGCAGCAGCACAGGCCUGGAGCAGCUCAGCAAAACCAACCUGUACAUCCGAGGCCUGCCUCCCGCCACGACAGACCUGGAUCUGGUCAAACUCUGUCACCAGUAUGGAAAGAUUCAGUCUGCAAAGGCCAUCCUCGACAAGACCACCAACAAGUGUAAAGGUUAUGGCUUCGUCGACUUCGACAGCCCAGCUGCUGCUUUAAAGGCCGUACACGCUCUAAAAACCAGCGGCAUCCAGGCCCAGAUGGCCAAGCAGCAGGAGCAGGACCCCACAAACCUUUACCUGUCCAACCUGCCUCUGUCUGUGGACGAGAAGGAGCUGGAGAAGAUGCUGCAGCCGUUCGGUCAGGUGGUCUCCACCCGGAUCCUCAGAGACUACAGCGGGAACAGCCGAGGGGUUGGAUUCGCCAGGAUGGACACGACAGAUCAGUGUAACGCAGUCAUCUCUCAUUUCAACGGGAAAUUCCUCAAGUUAGCUUCUGGAGUUCUUGGGCCAUCUCAGCCUUUGCUGUGCAAGUUUGCAGACAGUCAGAAGAAGAAACACGGUCACGGCGGGUUUGUUCCCAACGGACAAAGAGGGGAUCUCAGACUAGGUUCAAUGACUCUCACAUAUGACCCUUCCUCAGCAGCCAUUCAGACCGGGUAUUAUUCUUCUCCGUAUCCAGUGACCAACAGAAUAAUGACGGUGCAGCCGACAAUGUCUCCGUACAUGUCUCCAGUUUCUGCUUACCAGGUGCAGAGUCAUUCUUGGGUGGCGCACCAACCCUACAUCAUGCAGCACCCGGCUGCUGUGAUGUCUCCCUCUGUGGACCCGUCCAUGCCGGUGCACCCCACGGCCAUGAUCACUCAGCAGAUGGGCCAGCUGCUGCUGGGAAACACCGGAGCGUAUAUUUCUGCCAACCCCAGCGUCCAGGAAGCUUAUAUGCCUCAGUACCCCUCCAUGCAGGCAGCACCUGAAAACAACUCGCUGCAGCAGCAAGUGGAUUCUUCCAACAACUCGUCACCCUACAGUCAACUCAGCAAGUAACACACAGGCCACGUUCCAGCUUUGAAACUCAGAGGGCAGGUGAGAAGCUGCUGAGGACCACAGGGAUCAAAACCUGCCCAGAUCGGACCAGAUACAUGAACUGAUUUUUUGUUUUGUUUUUUGCACAGCCUCAACAUUUGUAGUGGAAAUCAAAGAUAACGUACACAGACUCAAACGGUUGGUCAAAAGAAAAAAGAAAGAAAAGUAGAUUUAUUUUGAUAAGAUGUUCUUCUUUUUCCUCUUUUCCAGUAACUUUCACCCUCCACCCCUACAUUAAAACGCAUGAACACCCCCACCUGCCCCCCUCCACCCGUGACGGUGUUUGUGAUUUUAUUUUAUUUUUUUAUAGCUUCUACGAUUGUGGUACACGACAAACUUGUUUGCACUGAAGUUUUAGGAAUAACUUCAUUUUGGUUUUCAAAGUUGCAUCAAACAAAAGUCGAACUGCACUCGACAGCUUAAAAAACACAUUUCAUUAGGAAUUAAUAAAUUUAUCAUCGGAAACGGUGCCUUUCCAACAAAAACAUCCAACAUUCUUGACAUUUUUUCAUCCAACCUGAUCAGGUAUUCUCCUUCUAGUGAUCAGUUAUGUGUGAAAUCACACUGAGUGUUUCGCUAUCUGCUCAUUUGGUAGCAAUAAUAAGAGUUUCACGGCAAUACUGAGGGAAGAAAAGUGGUGGCAAACUCAGAAUAUGGUUUCCUUAUUUUGUUUUCAAAAGUAUUAAAGACACGAGAGGAGCUGUACUUAAACCAUAUAAAAAUAGAGGGUGUUUUUUUCUCUCUGGUGGUCCGUUCGACCAGUUAUCUACCUCAUGGUUCUGCCGGGGUCGGCUGGCRUUGUCGGGUUUGCAGGUAAAGCCCCCUGUCGCCAGACUGAACCACGCAAACCAAGCAGCCGAGCUCCGGAGCUGGCUAAACUCUGCUGUUUGACUCCCACGUGCAGCCGUUCUCCUCCUGAUCCAAAACAGAAAAUAAAGAAGCUUUUUUUAGUUUGGGUUUUAUUUUGUUUUUGUCUUCGCUUCUGCUCAGACGUUUGGUUUUUCCCACGGCUGCUCCUUGGUCAGGCAGUCGGUUCCUGAUAUUCGGCUUUAAUUUCACCAAAUUAUGGACUGUAAUAUAAUCUGGACGUUACUCCGAUCUAACCGGUAGAAGUUAUGCAAUCAAGUAUCUAAAAAACUGCAAUAUGCUCGUUGGCAAACAAUCACAACAAAAAUGAAUUUUUGAAGAUUUGUACUUAGUGAGGGCCCAACAUGAAAACCAAGUGAGUUCUAUGGUUUCAUUUUUAAAAAAAAAUAAAAAUAUUUCCGAUGAAAGACCUGAACUCUACUACGAAGGAAGGAUAAAGGUGUUUGGUGGCCGUGCCUCGACCCGAUCCAUAGACCUGAAACAAGAACUGCUGAAAAUAGUUUGGGUACUUUCCCAACUAGUUCCUGAAAAAAACAAAAAAAUAUAAAAAAAAUUGUAAAAUGCAAGAAAAAAAAUCCUAAUUGCUUCUUCCUGUUACCUUAUUCUGAUUCUUUACUCUCUUUGAAAUAAAUGAAAAUGUUGCUGAAUAAAAUGCUCUUUUCUUUCUCAAA